GCCCCAAACACGUCACCAGUCACCAUACGGCACCCACUAAGAAUAUCUAGGUAAUCAAUUUUAUUUUGCCGUUUACUCAAAUCUGAAUUUAUUUCCAGUAUACAUUUUUUCUAUUCAUUCUUAUUUUUUAUUAUUUAAAAGCCAAAAUGGCUAGUGAAGUAGAAGAAACUCUUAAACGUAUUCAGUCCCACCGCGGCGUUAUUGGCACUAUAGUUGUUAACAACGAAGGUACUCCUAUAAAAUCCACGCUAGAUAAUGCUACUACCAUCCAAUAUGCGGGAUUGAUACAACAAUUGAUUGACAAAUCAAAAAGUGUAGUGAGAGAUCUGGAUCCAUCAAAUGAUUUAAUGUUCUUACGAAUGCGUACUAAAAAACAUGAAAUUAUGGUGUCGCCAGGUUGGUUUACAACGUUUUUAACUUCGCUCUCCAUUUAUCACGAUCUUCAGCAAGUCUUUUUAAUCCGGCAUAAAGACUUUAUAAUGAUUGUCAUUCAAAAUCCAACUGAAGCACAACCUUAAAUGAAGUCUAAGAAUAAAUUGACAUAAUGCAUCAAAUCUGCUUUGAAAACAACUAAGAAUACUACUUUGUAAAUAUGUGUUAAAUACAAUACAACUCACAUUGUACAUAAAACAAUCGUUUAUAAUUAUUUUAUACAAAAUAUU